AAUGAUCAAAGGAAAAAAUUAAUUAACAUAGUAAAUUGAUAGUAGAUUUUAGAGAUUAUUUAAAAUUUUAUAAGAAUCUAAAAAAAAUUGAUAAAAAAAUAGAUUAAAUUAAAAUUGAAUUAUGCCAAACCUAAUAAUAAUUCCCGGUUUCCUCGUUACGAACUCUCUUUGUUAGCGUUCAACUAUCAGCGGCUCGCACCGUCACGAUUCUCAUAUUCCGCCGCCGUCACCGCCGCCGGUGAAUACAAACCUGUAGUCAUAACCAAAAGUGUUUCGUUUCAAUUCACUCAAGUACCUCAAUUGAGCCGCCACAAUGCUUCACAACAAGUUAUUCCCUAAGAAAACCAGAGGUGGCAAAAUCAUAAGGCAAUUGAGGGAGCAUUACUUGCGAGAUGAUAUAUAUUGCGGUGCUCCGUUUUGUACUGUUUGUGAUUCUUCUGGUGCUCGCCUUAGUGAGUCUGCUUCCACAAUUCUUGUUGUUGACACCAAUGUUGUUCUCAAUCAGAUUGAUUUGCUGGAGAAUCCGGCCAUUGAUGAUGUUGUUGUACUGUCCAUUGUGCUGGAAGAGGUUAAGAACAAGAAUUUGUCUGUUUACAAUCGGAUUAGAGCUAUCUGUGACAAUUCAAUGAGGAAAUUCUGUGUCUUUUCCAAUGAGUACCACAGGGAUACUUAUGUUAAGGAUAUGCGUGGGGAAACUAAAAAUGAUAGGAAUGAUAGAGCUAUUAGAGUGGCUGCACAGUGGUAUCAGAAGCAUCUAGGUGGUGCAGUAAAGGUUUUGCUUAUAACUAAUGAUAAAGAGAACAAAAGGAAGGCUAGUGAAGAGGGCAUUUGCGCAGAAACAGUUGAGUCUUAUGUCAAGUCUUUGGACCGGCCUGAUUUACUUGACCUGCUUGUGCGGCCUUCAUCUGAAGAUGUAGAUAUGGAAGAGGUUGAAGAUCUCAGACCAUCCAAGAGGAAAGUAAUUUAUUCAGAGCAUAAGCCGAUGUCAGAAAUCACAUCUGGUUUGCAUCGUGGAAUAUAUCAUCAAGGGAAACUUCGUGUAAACCGUUACAAUCCAUUCGAAGCAUAUGUUGGGAGUGAGAGCAUUGGUGAUGAAAUAAUUAUUUAUGGGCGCUCUAACAUGAACCGAGCUUUUGAUGGUGAUAUUGUGGCUGUUGAACUUCUGCCUCAGGACCAAUGGAAAGAAGAGAAGUCUCUAUCUAUAGCUGGUGAAGAUGGGGACGAGGAUGAAGAUGUUCAUCUAGCCCCAAAUAGUGCCGAUGUUGCACCCAGAACUAUUCCUCAGCAAUGUUCUACUGGAGAAGUAAAUGCUGGAUCCUGUCGCCCUUGUGGUUGUAUUGUUGGUAUUAUAAAGAGAAACUGGCACUCGUAUUGUGGAUCUUUGGAGCCAAUGCCUAUGCCUGGAGGGAGUGGCGGCGUUGCCCAUGCCUUGUUUGUCUCCAAAGAUCGUAGAAUUCCCAAGAUUCGUAUCCAAACCCGCCAACUCGAGAACCUUUUGGACAAAAGGAUUAUUGUAUCAGUUGAUUCUUGGGAUCGUCAAUCUCGAUAUCCAUCAGGCCAUUAUGUGCGGACUAUAGGAGAGAUAGGUGAUAGAGAUACUGAAAGUGAGGUGGUUUUGAUAGAAAAUGAUAUAAAUUCAAGGCCAUUCUCUUCACAAGUGCUGGCAUGCUUGCCGCCAUUGCCAUGGUCAGUCACUUCUGAAGAUUUGUCCAUUCCAUUUAGGCAGGACUUGCGUCAUUUGCGUGUCUUCAGUGUGGACCCUCCAGGCUGCAAGGAUAUUGAUGAUGCACUCCACUGCUACGCUCUUCGAAGCAUUUACUUUUUAGGAUAUUAUUUCGUUUCAAAUAUAUCUCCCUCAUGUAGAGCUGCAUACUCUCAUUUAUAUAUUGCCGAUGUGACAAAUUUUGUGUUUCCUGGCACUCCACUUGAUGAUGAGGCUUCUCAAAGGGGUACAUCCGUCUACCUUGUUGAGCGGAGAAUAGACAUGCUUCCUAAACCUUUAACAGAAGACGUAUGUUCUCUUCGAUCUGAUGUGGAAAGGCUAGCGUUCUCUGUCAUAUGGGAAAUGACACCUGAAGCAGACAUUAUUUCCACUAGAUACACAAAAAGUGUCAUAAAAUCUGCUGCGGCAUUGUCUUAUGUUGAAGCACAAGCAAGGAUGGAUGAUAGUCGAUUGAUGGAUCCAGUAACUACUGACUUGAGAAAUAUGAAUAGUUUAGCCAAGAAAAUGAGAUUAAGGCGUAUUGAGAGAGGAGCUUUGACUCUUGCAUCUGCAGAAGUCAAAUUUCAAAUUGACACCGAGACUCAUGAUCCCCUUGAUAUUGGCAUGUACCAGAUCCGGGAAGCCAACCAAAUGGUGGAGGAGUUUAUGCUUGCUGCUAAUGUUUCUGUUGCACAACAAAUUCUUAAGAGCUUUCCUCUGUGCUCGUUAUUAAGGCGUCAUCCAACUCCAACCAGAGAGAUGCUUGAACCCUUGCUACGUGUUGCUGCUGCAGUUGGCCUGAACUUGGAUGUUUCCUCGUCAAAAGCAUUGGCUGAUUCUCUUGACCAUGCUGUGGGUGAUGAUCCAUACUUCAAUAAGUUGAUUCGCAUUCUGGCAACCAGAUGCAUGAGUCAGGCAGUUUAUUUCUGUAGUGGGGACCUUAGCCCUCCAGAAUAUCAGCAUUAUGGGCUUGCAACACCUUUAUAUACCCAUUUCACAUCACCUAUAAGAAGAUAUGCAGAUGUCAUUGUACACAGGCUACUUGCUGCUUCUUUAGGAAUAUCCAAGUUACCGCCUGUAUUUCAAGACAGGCUGCAGCUCACUAGUAUAGCAGACAAUUUAAAUUAUAGGCACAGAAAUGCUCAGAUGGCUGGGCGGGCCUCUGUAGAGCUGCAUACUCUCAUUUAUUUCCGGAAGAGGCCAACGGAUACAGAAGCUAGGAUAGUAAAGAUAAGAUCUAAUGGAUUUUUUGUGUUCGUUCCCAAAUAUGGCAUAGAAGGACCUGUAUAUUUGACAACAAGAGCUGAAAAGGGAAGUGGAGAAUGGUAUGUAGAUGAGCAAGAGCAGAAGAUUAAAAAGAUGGAUGGUAGCCUUUCAUACAGCAUUUUGCAGACAGUUCAAAUCCACAUGGAGGUUGUGGAGCCUCAGCCUAACCGGCCAAAACUUCAGCUUACUCUCAUAUAGAGAGGUAUAUGAACAUUGAACAAGAAAGCGUGCUGUGAAAUGUACAUCCUAUUUAUAUUGCUAUCCACGCCUCGGCUAAGAUUUCUGAUAUCGGAAUUGACUAACCUUCAGUGUUGUUGGAAGGGGCGAAAACAUAGGUUGAGUAGUGUUGUUGGAGAAACAGAGAACAAAUGGUGAAUGGUUGAUGACAAGUCUUUUUAUAUUUAUUUAUGUAUGUUAGUUUGAUAAGUGGGAUGUGAAAUUUUGUCCAUAUUGAUCUUGUAUUUUAGAGAUUUGCAUUGAUAUAUUGGAGAUGUUGGAUUACCAAGUUUGCUUGAUAUAUUAUCAA